AUGAUCAAGACUCAGACUCUCCUCGUGGCUUUGGCGAUGCUGGCGGGGGCCCGCGCGGGCCUGCAAGGAGGCAUCGGGGGCGGUUACGACGGAGGCUACGGCGGAGGGUACGCCGUUUCGGAAGGAGGCAACGGCGGCGGCCACGGAGGAGCCAGUUCCUUCGCCCUGUUCCACGGCCCCGUCGCCGGCCCCGCUCACGCCGUGCACGGCGGCUACGGCGGCGACGGCAAGCACGGCCACGGCGGCGAAUACGUCGACUACGUGGCCUAUCCGAAGUACGAUUUCGCGUAUGGCGUGGAGGACCAUCACACCGGCGACUCGCACGGCCAGAAGGAGGUGCGCGACGGAGACAAAGUGGUCGGCGAGUACACCCUGAAGGAACCGGGCGGCAACGUGCGCACCGUAAAGUACCACGCCGACAAGAAGGGUGGCUUCUUCGCCACAGUGAUCAACCACGGCGGCAACGAUCACUCCGGCUACAAGCACGGCAAGGCGCACUCCUUCGCCAACUUCCACGGCCCCGUCGUCGGCGACGCCCACGAAGUUGUGAGAAAACGUUUGAAACGGUUCAAACGAUAG